AUGCGCCCCUGUACCGCCUCCUCAUGCUGCUGCCAGGCCCGUAAUCUGCCAUGGGCCCCCGUACCAACUCCUCAUGCUGCUGCCAGGCCCGUAAUCUGUCAUGGGCCCCUGUACCGCCUCCUCAUGCUGCUGCCAGGUCCAGAGUGUGUCAUGGGUCCCUGUACGGCCUCCCAUUGCUGCUGUCUCUAUCGCCACACUCUGCCAUGUGCCACUUUCAGGUCUCCUCACACUGCUGGUGGUUUCCAUUUUUGUCAUAGGGUGCUGUAUGGCCUCCCAUUGCUGCUGCCUUCCACCGCCACACUGUGGCUCCACACUCUGGUUUUGGCCCCGUGACUGCCCAAAUGAGUGAAGUGUGCGGUGAUUCUAAGAUCGACGGCACUCAUCUGCAUGUCAUACUGACUGACAGUAUUAUUUCUCUUCCCCAGCAGACUCCAAGGGCAUUUAAAUUAAAGGUACAGUGUUCUGCACUAAUAUAA